UAGUUCCUGUUUUAUGUUUAGACGUGCCAGUCGUGGACCCGGCGUUACUCGUACGCCCUACCCCUUGAGAUGAUCUAUAGUACCCCGAUGUUCACCUGGAACCCAUUCGGCAUAAACUUCUGGAAAAGGGGGACACAGGCUAAAGACCCCAAAAGGGUGGGAGGCCAAACGCCCGAGACGGCAUACAACGAUUCCAGCUAUGCCAACUUCUACCACACGCCUGCUGGGUUGUUCUCGGGCAAAGAAGUGGCCACGGAUCCUUCUGACACCACCAAGAGCAAUGUUGGAGUGCUGGACAAACACGGGAAUGUGCAGCGGGUGGCGGCUUCGGGCACUAGGAUCGUCCUUCCCAAUAUCCCGGGGGUAGGGAAAAUCAGGAUGCGGUACCCCAUCGUGCCAGUCCAUAUGGAGGGGUCUGGUGUGUGGAAGGAGCUUGACGCUCUCAAGGACAUGUUAAUGGACAUACAAAAGUACAAGGGACUUUUUCAUCAUCAUCCAACCCUCACCGACUCCAGCAACGGCACUCAAUCCUCUGAGAAAACGCUACACCUGAGAACCGGCGCCGCAACCAGGACCCCUCCAGGUCCACACGUCCAUGACAUCUUCUUGUCCCCCGACGUUCAGGAGUCUAUGAAACAUGGAGAGCGCAAGACGAUGGUCACAAGCGAAGCUCUAGGUCACACCCAUCAGCUGAUACUAAGCUACAAAAACACGUACUCCAUCUUAUGGUGUGAUGGACAGACGCACUGCUGGGACGGUCAUCCUAUGAAUUUGUAUCCAGCGUGAACUGUAUCCAUGGACUAGCAUC